AUGGCGGUCUCGGAGAAUAAAGCUCGCAUGUUGCGCGGAGAGUUGUACUAUGCGUUUACUCCAGAACUGACGGCCUCUCGUCGACGGGCGACCCAUGCAUGCAAUCGAUACAACAACGCAGGAGAGAUCACUAGACGUCGUCAAGUUGAACUCUGGCGGGACAUUGUUCGGGAUGAGAUACCCUUACCGCCUCCCGCUGCUACAGAGGAAGCAGACGAAGAGCUGUUUGCCGAAGAGCCAUGGGUAGAGACUCCCAUUCGUAUUGACCAUGGGACAAAUGUCAAGUUGGGAAAGAAUGUGUUCAUUAACUUUAACUGCACGAUUCUCGAUACUUGUCUGGUGACGAUUGGGGAUCGGACUCUGAUCGCUUCGAGCGUUUCCAUCUACACAGCUACGCAUCCGUUGGACCCCGAACUUCGUAAUGGAACCAAAGGCCCGGAGUUGGGCGCCGAGAUCCACAUCGGUAAAGAUUGCUGGAUCGGCGGCAAUGUGUGCAUUUUGCCCGGAGUGACUAUUGGUGAUGGCUCAGUCAUAGGUGCCGGCAGUGUGGUCACAAAGGUCAGUUCUCACCAUACGGCAGAUUGA